AUGGUCCAGGUGCUGGAAAGUGAUGGCUCUGAAGGCGAAGAAGGAAGAUUGGACCAUUAUGCUAUCAUUAAGUUCUCUCUGACCACUGAGUCUGCUAUGAAGAAAAUCGAGGACAACAAUACUUUGGUUUUCAUUGUUGACAUCAAGGCCAAUAAACAUCAGAUAAAACAGGCUGUCAAGAAACUGUAUGAUAUCGAUGUAGCUAAAGUCAACACUCUUAUCAGGCCCGAAGGUGAGAAGAAAGCUUACGUCCGUCUGGCCCCAGACUAUGAUGCAUUGGAUGUUGCUAAUAAGAUUGGCAUCAUCUAAACUGAUUUCAGGAAGAGCUGUAUAAAUAUUUCAAUAAAGUUUUAAAAUGAAA